UUUUUAAUCAGUCACACUGGACGGAGGUUGUCCUCUCAUCUCACACCACCUCCCAUCUUUCCUUCCUUCCUUCCUCCCUUCCUUCCCUCCUUGGGCCCGCUGCUCUCCUGCUUGGCCGCCUCCAUGUGUCGGCCCACUGAGACGCUUCUAAUCCUCUUUUGAUGAACUUGGCUAAUAGACCCCCUGCAGCGCACUUUGGCUCUGUUCAUUAGGCAGCACACGACCCUCCCCACGCCGGGGAGAGCGCGCUGCGCGUCCCCGCGGCGCCCACCUCCAUAAAUUCACCCGUCAAAGUGGACAAAGUUGGACGUGUGUUACUUUGUUGAGCUACUCAGUGAACUUCUUGGCCUUUGGUACAAAUCUGCUCCGUGGAACAAGAAGAGCGAUGCCGCCGAGUAAAAGCCUCUUCGCGCCUUUCCUCUCCGCGGAGCCGGAGGGCGCAGUCGGCCCCGGGGCUCCGGCGGCUCUCCACGCCGACAUCCACGCUGUGCUGCAGCGGCGCCGCGCGCUGGAGCGCACCAGACGCGGAUGCGACCACCCAGAGCCUCCGUGCGCCAUCGUGGAGCUCCGGCUGGGCCCCGCCGGCGGCGCGCUGCACUACCUCCAGCCGGACAAGUGCGCUCUGGAGCGGGCGCAGAGACGGCGACGCCUCGCUGCCAACGCCCGGGAGAGGAGGAGGAUGCUGGGGCUCAACGUCGCCUUCGAUCGGCUGCGCAGCGUCAUCCCCAACCUGGAGAGCGACAAGAAGCUCUCCAAAUCCGAGACGCUCCAAAUGGCGCAGAUUUACAUCGCCACACUGAGUGAACUGCUCCAGGAGGGCGCCGCUCCGCCCUCACUGGGGGCCACACCUGUGGCAGAGGAGCCGUCGGGGCCAGUCAGGGUCUCUCACACCGGGAAGAGCACCGAGCAGGAGCAGAGGAGCUCGGAGGAGGACGUGUGGGACAGAACGAGCGGGACCGAGUGACACUUAAAAACUGAAUGCAUUUUUAAAAAUGAGACUUUUUUCCCCUCCAAGACUGUAAUUAUUUGUUUCCUGCAGUAAGAAAACACAUUAAGACUUUCUCACUUUGUGAUGACAUUUUUCAUUAACUCAAAAGCAUACGUUUUUCAGCUGAAAUGUGGAGUUUGUUUUGCCAGCAGCAUAAAGAUCAUGAAUUUCUCAUAUACAUUACUAUGCAAUUUAACUUUUAUUUCCCUUGUGGCUGAGUUUUGCUGUAAAAACACAGCAGAUGUUUUCCAAUAAUCUGGAAAAAAGUUUACAGAUGAACAAAUUUCAUGUCUCAAAGUUUGAUCUCCAGCGCAGAAGAUUCACCGGAAGAAAAGAGAAGAUGCAGGAUGUACGGAAAGUAGCAAUUUUUUAUUAUUUUAAAAUUAUGUACAGGUAACCAAAGACAUCAGUCUGCAAAUUGGUACAAAGAUCAAGUUUUCCUGCAGUUGGCUUGUUAAGAAGCUCUUGUCUGUCUGUCCAAAACAACAACACGACUGGGAGAAAAGGCUUUAGAAAAUGAAAAAUAGAGUCAGAUUCAGAAAAGUAGAGUCUACCAUCUAAACUUAACCCCCACACCACCCACCCCCACCCACCACACCCCCCAUGACCCGUCAGCCUCCUCCUACACGAGGAAAUCAAUCUAUGUACAACAACUAUGUACAAAAAGCUCUUCCAUUCACUCUUACAUAAGUCUGUCAAUAAAGCUCUUGUAAACUUAAGAAAAGGAGUGUGUGUGUGUGUGUGUGUGUGUGUGUGUGUGUUUCAGUAUGGUCACAAAUUAACGGGAUGAACGUGCUUGAUGACACACGUGUCGAACUUUUACAACCAAUCAAAUUCAACAGAACUCGUCCGUAUGCAGAAGAAGAUUUUACAUCUCAACUUUACGUCUUCAUCCCCACCUGGAACAUCAAAGAAAACAAACUAAACUAACCACAAGCUCUCAGUAACUUUGCAGGGGAACACAGAGACACUUUGGAACUUAGAAGUCAUAGAAACAAAUUAUUCAAACAAA